GUUACGCACCUUGUCAAGUUUUACUCCCUGUGGUUGUGUCAAACGCAGGAAGUUGGUCCACAGAAUAUAGUAAGGAAGCUGUGGAUAAAACCCAGCUGACCCAGUUUGGAUUUCUUUCAUCAGUACACAUGAGUGCACUGCGACUACAACAUAUACAGCGUCAUAUUUUGCCUGAAAACCAGCAGACAAUGGCAGGCUCACUCGGUACAUUGACCACCCAUGUGCUGAACACUGGCAUGGGCGUGCCUGCAGCAAACGUAGCCCUCGUCCUCUAUCGCCAAGAUUCCAGCACCAAUGCCUGGACACUGAUAACCAGCGGCACCACCAACGAUGACGGACGUUGCCCAGGACUCAUCACAAAAGAGCAGUUUACAGCUGGUGUGUACAAACUGCAUUUUGAAACCGCUCAGUACUGGGCGAGUAUGGGAGAGACCUCCUUCUACCCCUAUGUUGAGAUUGUCUUCACUAUAAAUGACCCUGAGCAGAAGUACCACGUCCCUCUGCUGCUGAGUCGUUUCUCUUACAGUACAUACAGAGGGAGCUAGAGAUGAAAUGUGAUGGACUCCAGCGGCUGCACCUUUAUCCUCCAUCCUCCAUCUAACACCAGCGCUCUUCACCACAGUUAGAGCCAGCUUCAGCUUCAGCAACAUCCGUCUCAGUAUUAGAUGACAGUUAUGGAAAAUAAACCAUAUUGCCAACAUACA